UAACCAAGUAUCAAUUGAAAUUAUUUUGGAUCUUCGUCAUAAGCAGGCCUAAAUAACCAAUCUGUACAAUCCCAAUCGUGUACAUUCUCAAAGGGAUAAGGACCAAAUAUUGAAGUCUCCUUAACUUAAAAAAAAAAAAAAAAAACUCGUACUCUUAACUUGGAAAUUCUAUUAGAACUCUAAUUCCACCCUUUCUAAUCAGGUUCAAGCUCUUCUGUUAACGUGAAUAACGCUCAAACAAUUGAAAAAUCUGGGCAGCUCUUUUUUUCUAAUUCAAAUAUCCAGCCCAAGUAAUUUAUGCUUGUCGAAUUAGAAUUCCAGUUGAACUCCUAUCACCGCCUUAAACAUAAGUUUACUCUUUGUUGAAUUCUCUCUCUCAGCGUGGGAUACCGAUUCAUAUUCAACUAUAAAUAGGGGCAAUAUCAACCUGCAAGGCAUCCUAUUUAUAAUUCUGCGGCAGAUUAAAAAAAUUCAGCAACUCCGUAGUCCAUAGAGCAAGGAAAGGCAGCAGGUAAACCUCUGUUAAUUUUCUUAUUAUUCUUCCUUCUUUUGGUGUUUUGCAGGGAAGAGAGCUACAAAAGACGAGCCAAAACCGCAAAUCACUGGUCCUGCCGGCAGCUGGUGUCAAUUCGAGAUUCAGGGGAAGCCGCUAUUGCCCCUGUUGUUUUCGGAAUCUGACUUGGUGUCGUAGAAGGGUCUGCGGCGUUGCCGCCGAUGGUAUUGCUGAACUUGAGAUAGAUUGUCGCUGGCCAGAGUGUUGUUGCCGCUGUUGGAUCAAAAGCUGAGCUCAAGGAGGGUCGAGUUCCAGAUUGAAUUGCCACCGGCCAGAUUUUUGUUGAUGCAACGAACAGAGACUUCAAGAUGGACUGUUGCCGAUUUCCUCCUCCAUCCGUACGCUCAUCGAAGAAGAAGGUAUGGCCGAAGUUAGGUGUUGAUUUCCGGCGAGGAGCUGCUGCUUGAAGGGAAAAAGGCUUGUAGAUCUGUUCGUGGAAGAUGGAGUUCCUAUGCCGCCGAUGCUGUUAUGCCGCCGAGGCUGAGGGUCGCUGAUUGGAGGAGAUGUUGGCCGGCCAGAGCUUUAUGGACGCAAAUGAUUUGCGAAGAAAGGUUGCUGCUGAUUUUUAUUUCCUUGGAAUUCACUUCGUUAAUCUGCUAGAGUACUUGCGUGCGAAGAAGAUGACAGAAAAAGUUGAUGCUGGCGCCAUUCACCGGAGAGAGACGCUCGUGCUGGUUCGAUUUGCUCUGCUGCAGCUUUGGCGAGAAGAAAGAAUUCAAUCAUUUUUUUUUUACGCUGUUCUUGUACUUAGUGCGAAGGAGAUGACCAGGGAGAUUAUUGCCGGAACCAUCGAAAAUUGACGUGCUUAUUCUGCCAGAAUCCAAAAACGUGUUGCUUGUUGGAGGAGAAGAAGCAGCUUCAUUGGUGCAGCGGACAAGAGUCCAAAAUGGUAUACUUUAGAGCCGUAACGCAUGAAGGCAAAAAGUAUAUCUCUGUAUCAAAAAAGAAGAAUGGCGAAGAAAUCCUUCUGGAGAUUUUUAGGCCAUUCGCUCGCGAGUUUUGGGGUGCGACUGUUGUGUCUUACCGGGUUGCAGACUGGACUCCUGAGUGCGAGUAUCAAGAUCAAACUAUGCGGACUUUAGUAUCUGGCUUCCUUCAUAAGCCAUCUUCCGAGAUUCUCCCUUCUUUGGGUAUACGAAUCCUUGAUGAUGCUAGUUCUUCAAAUCAUGUUUCUUCAUCUAGCUCAAGUGAAGGAGAAACUGACGAUCAUGACACCGUUGCGGGGUUGAUGGCAAAAAUUGCCCCAAGUAAUUGCAAAGAAGUUCCAACCAACGAGAUACCGAAGUCCCCUCAUGUGAAACCGGCUGUAUCCGUUUUUCAAGCAGAGAACUACUUCUUUCCUUUGUAUAAGCGGUUCCUCAUUGACACUUGGUGUGGUAUUCAGGAGAAGUUAGGAAAGGCUACAACAGAGAACGUCUCUUCUUUUCGGGAAAGUGUGGAGAGUUGUGUUAUCUUGAUGGAGAAGGAAGGCAUUGACCUUUCCAUGUUGAAGACAAAGGUGAAGCAUUUCUUUGAAAGGGCGCAAGCAUUUGAUCAGAAGUGUUCUGCUAUUGCUGACAGGGUCCCCACGGAGAGGCAAUCUCGAGAAUUAGAUAUGUUGCAAGCUUUUUGUGCAGAUAUUGAAGCUAAGAGAUCUCAAAAUCAGGUCGCAUUACUUGAUGACGAGAAAUCUCUUAAUGAAAUCAAGAAGAAGAUAACCUUAUUGGAAGCUGAAGCUAAGGAAGUAGAAGCUUUGAUUUUACAGCAUCAUGCAGAAGCUAGCGACUUAGAUGCAGCUCUUACAAAAGCCAAGGAGGAAUCUUCACAGAUUUUGAAGACUAUCAAAGCAUCAGACGAAGAUCAGCUUUCUUUAAGUACCCAGAAGAAGGAGCUAGAGGCUUUGAAGGAUGACUUGGUCAGCUUUAAAUUGUUUUUAGGCUUAGUUUGUUUUUUACUUGUUUAUAGAUUAGCUUUUUAGUCAGCUAGCACUCUCCUUCUUUUCUUUCCAUCAAACUAUAUAUGGAUAUAUAUUUGAUUGCUUUCUUGCUCCUCAUGAGUUGAUAUCGUCUUACUUUUCCUUUUUUUUU